GGCCGAUCGUAAUUCGCGCUUCAAGUCGCAUGGGCGAGAUUGGGGGCGUAAAAACCAACCCCCUACUAGGACAAUGCUGUUGCCUACCUAGUAGUAGUAUUAGUUGACGCCCGGGAGGUGUUGCCUACCUAGGUACCCACACAAGGAGGUAUAUAAGCACCCGCGGCCGUCUCGAAAACCUCAUCUGCAAUCACAUCGAGAAAGCAGCCUCAACUUGUCACAAGACAUCUCGGAAAGAAAAAGCCCAACCGUCCAUACCAUAUCCCUAUAUUCGAUCUACGAGAUAAAUACCAGAACAGGACAAAAUCAUGGCCGCCGUCGACCUCCAGUAUAUCGACCGCAGCACCGAAACCCUGUUUGAUAUCGCCACGGACGUGAUCUCCCUGCUGAGAUCGGCUAACGAGACCGUCGGCGUGGCCGAGUCGCUGACGGGAGGCGGCGUCAUGGAGACGCUGACGUCCGUCCCGGGCGCCAGCGCCGCCUUCCGCGGCGGCGUCGUCUCCUACGCGACCCCUCUCAAGCAGCUGCUGCUCAACGUCAGCGCGGAGCUCAUCGCCCGGGAGGGCGUCAUCCACGCCGACGUUGCGGCGCAGAUGGCAGAAGGCGCGAGGAACGCGACCGCGUUCGACGGCAGCCCGGCUACGUGGGGCAUCGGAACCACGGGCGUGGCGGGCCCGGACUCCCAGGAUGGGAAGCCCGUCGGGACCGUGUUCAUCGGCAUCGCGUCGCCUGAGGGGAGUCGCGCGUGGGGUCCGUUUCGGUUCCCCGGGCCCAGAGAACGGGUGCGGGAAGCGACUAUCAUCGAGGCGCUGUCUAAGCUGAGGGACGCUCUGACAGCGAGGAGCGGCGGGGAUCAAACAACGGCGUAAAGGCUGGUUGAUGAAGGUGUCAGCUCUGGCCAUUGCCAUCUAGGUAGGGCCAUUGGGUCUAUUGGUUGACAGGAGAGGGAGAGAUAUGCGAUAGGGGAUAGACCUCUUUGUUCUCGCCUCCUGUAUAUACCCGGAGAUAGGUAGCUGUUAGGUUGAUAGCUCUUCGCGCAACAACUUUAUUGUUUCCUCAU